AUGGAAAGCAUCUCGCGAGGCUCCCUACCACCGGACACGCCCGCCUUCGCGACGCCGCUCCAGCCCUUCAUCAAAACACCAGACGAAGCACUCCGAAUCCGACGCCUGCUGGCGCUCCGGCUGCAGGACCAGCUUACUUUCGCCGACGAUGGCAUUCCCCAGUCGCAUUUCUCCGUCUGCGCUCCGUACCACGUCCGGGGCGUCAAGCGCAUUCCGCCGGAGUUUGGCGACGGGCUUCGCGCGCAGUACCUGAAGGCGCUCCAGGCCAAUCUCCGCGCCAGAAAGGAAUACGACGAGCAGCUGGCGGAACUGAACGGGCUCGCGGAGCAGCUGAAUGGGUGCCGAUCCAGCCCGUCGCCGGACUCGAAGAAUCGAGAUCUGGACGCGUAUCUGGCCCUGCUCCGGAGUCGUCGGCAGCGGAGCAAAAUUCAGAUAUGCCAGCAUUUUUUGGAAAAGCUGAACAAGAUGGAUGCUGCUUGCCCGGGAUAUCUGGAUAUGAGGUCAGCUGCGAAAGGUAUUUAUAUUUCCUCGCAGGGAUUCGCUACACAGCAGGAUGACCCGAGCGCCCCUGGUGUUGGAAAUAGUCCUACCGUGCUGCUUCAUGAGCUUGAGAGAGCCGUGCUUCUUUCCAAAAGCCGAAUAGACAAUGAAAAGACCGCGCUUGAAAGGCUUCGGGGGCAAUCCAAGCUGCGGAAGUCGACAGAAGCGGACAUCAACCCGCAAGUACGGCUGAAUGCUCUCAUACGAACCCGCGACGAGCUUGUGCGUUGGGUCGAAAACACUCUGGCUACAUGCGGAAUGGAAGAUACGAGUAUUAUUGAGGAGGAGCAGCUCUGUGACGACCGGGACGAAGAUGCAGUGCGAGCCAUGCUGGAAGGCCUACGGAGAGACAUCGAGCAGCAGUACACAGCCUACGUUUCCGCCCGUCGAAGUUUGCUGGACGCAGUAUCGGUCUCUACGAGCAUGCCGAUGAAGCCUCCAGCGAAAGCCCUGCCAACGAAGCCGCAAUACCAAGAGCCCGAGCAGGCUCCUGCGGAUCUUACGCCGGUGUUCCCCUAUCUUCAAGAGAAUCUGUCUCCGCUUUUCAAAGCGCAGAACGCCAUGACCAUACAAAAGUCCUUCCUGUCGGCGCUCCUGUCCAAGGAGCGAUGGACGUCGGGGAAAGUAUUCGAACGUCUACGGAACGAAAGCCAUCUGCUUCCCGACUACCCGAUCCUGGCGGGACAGUCCCGUUUCAAGCACAUCGCUGCUGCUGCGAACACGCCACGCUCCGGUAUUGAAGGUUCAGUCUCAAGCCCGUCCUCGGAAGCCGAGGUCGUCAGGCACGCAGAGGCGUGGGCUUUUGCUUCCCAGGCCGCGCACGAUGCCACCGCUGAGCAGGUUGAUAGACAUGUAGAAAUCGGGACAGAGAUGGCGGCGAGCACAGAGAACACGCUGCGGAGGAUCUACGACAUCAUGAACCGGGACUACGACGCCGCCAUGUCUCGGGAAGGAGACAAAGGCGGCCACAGGACGGACUCGAGGAAUGCUCAGAGCCUCAAGGGAGCGCAGCGGCCACAGGGGCCGUGGGCCAAGCUGCAGGGGAACGUUGGGGUGGGCGGAGGGUAG